GUUGGUUAAUUUCUUAUAGCUUAAGGCUUAAAUCACCUAUUGUAGACCGGGACUAAUCUAAACGAAUCCAACCUUACCUAACUUGAACCUGAUCUUUACUGAAUUGAACUUCAGAGACACGUGCAAUAUAGUAAGGAACGAUUGUUCAUUUCUGUAUAAAAUUUCAAAGUUGAAAUUAUCGUAUUUGUAGCUUAAUAAAGUGACCAAAAAUAUCAGUUAUAAUGGAUGAGAUGCUGAAAGACACGCGUUUCGCACACGUCGCGAGAGAUCCAAAAUUUCGUCGGAUUCCCAAGGCAGAGAGAAAAGUGAAAAUCGAUCAUCGAUUUAAAGGCAUGUUUACGGACAAAAAUUUUACUGUGAAGUAUACCAUUGAUAAACGUGGCAGACCUGUCAAUCAAACCACCACCGAAGAUCUCAGAAAGUUUUACGAUCUGUCUAGCAGUGAAGAUGAAGAUACACUUGGGUUAACUCCAGGCAAAAAAGAUAGUGAGAAGAAAGUAAAAGAUAUUAAGAAGGACAAAAAGAAAGCAGUGAAAAAAAUCGAAACGAAAAACGAUUCUACAAAAGAUUCUUCUAGAGAAAAGAAUGAAGAUGAUGAGAACAAAGAUGAUUUGAGUAAGGAAAAAUUAUCUGAAGUUAAAAUAAAAGAGGAGUCUUCUAGUGAUGAGUCUAAUAAUGAAUUCUCAGAUAGUGAGGAUAAGUCUAUUCAGAAAGGAUUUUCUCAAGCAGAACUAGACAAAAAUGACAAGCAACUACAUAAAAGGAGAAAAGAUGAAAAGGAUAGACUUACGAAUGAAAUCAAAGAGAAACUGAGAGAUCUUACUGUAAAUUAUGCCAGAGGAGAAGGUGUCUUGUUAACCGACAGUUCUUCGGAAGAAGACUCAUCUGAAAUUAGUGAUGAAGAAGAUAUUGAACAUAAUUGGGGUGAACUAGAUAAAGAAGCUGAAACAACAGAUGAGAUCACUCAUCGAUUAGCUAUUUGUAAUAUGGAUUGGGAUAGAAUACGUGCUGUAGAUUUAAUGAUUUUGUUAAAUUCAUUCUUGCCCAGUGGUGGACUUGUCCGUUCAGUUAAAAUUUAUCCAUCGGAAUUUGGUCUGCAACGAAUGAAGGAAGAAGAGAUUAAUGGCCCAACAGAAUUAAGAAAUAAAGCUGUUGAAAGUGAAGACGAAAUUGAAGAUGAUAAUGAAGAAGGUGCGAGAUAUCAUAUGGAAAAAUUGAGACAGUAUCAAUUAAAUCGAUUGAAAUAUUAUUAUGCCGUUGCCGAAUUUGAUUCAGCUGAAACAGCAAAUAAAGUAUACACAGAAUGCGAUGGUAUCGAAUAUGAAUCAACUGCAACUAGAGUAGAUCUUAGAUUCAUACCAGAUGAUAUGACAUUUGACCAGGAACCUAAAGAGAUAUGUACUGAGAUACCGGAACCUGUAAAAUAUCAACCAAGACAAUUUAUGACAACAGCUUUGCAACAAGUUAAAGUCCAGUUAACCUGGGAUGAGACAAAUCCAGAUAGACAAGAGUUCACGCAGAAACUAAAUUCGGGAAAAUUACAGGAUAUCGAUGAAAAUGAUCUGCAGACAUACUUAGCGAGUGGUAGCGAAGACGACUCGGAAGAAAAAAAAGAUAUAACUGAGAAAACUAGUGAUAAUUCAGAAUCAGAAGUAAAUAAUGAUCCCAUUGGAAAAUAUAAAUCAUUAUUAAAGUCUAUUGAAGAAGAAGAAGAAGCAAAAAAGAACAAGGACGUUGAAUUAGAAUUUACAUGGGGUUUAGGCACUAAAGAAAAAGCUGAGAAAUUAGUCAAAGAAAAAAUGAAAAAUAAGGAAGAACUUACGCCUUUUGAGCAAUAUCUAGAGAAACGCAAAGCGAAAAAGAAAGCCAAAAGAGAAGAAAGAAAGAAACUUAAAGAAGAAAAUCAAAAAAGCGAUUCGGAAGAUUCAGUGCCAUCUGAUGUAGAUAUGAAUGAUAAAUUUUUCGCAGAGGAAUUCAGAAAUGAUAAAUCCUGUGGUAAAAGAAAGAAAAAUAAUAAAACUAGUGACAUAGAUUCGUCGAAUAAGGAAGAAGAGAAUCAACGUAAAGCUGAAUUGGAGUUACUUUUAAUGGAUCAAGACGAGGAUGGCAAAAAGCAUUUCAAUAUGAAACAAAUCGAAGAAAAUGCGACUAUGUCGAAAUCUAAACAAAAACGUCUUAACAAAAAGAAAAAUGUACAAGAAGACAAUGCGAAAGAAGACGAUUUUGAAGUUAAUGUUAAAGAUCCAAGAUUCGCUGCUUUGUUUACAUCACAUCAUUUCAAUAUCGAUCCUGCAGAUCCUCAUUAUAGGAAGACAAAAGGCACAGAAGCUUUGGUUAACGAGAAGUUGAAGAGAAGAGCUGAUAAUGAAGUGCAUGAAGAAACCGAUAAGCAAUUUAAAAACCAAAAACAGAUGAAAAGUUAUCGACAGAAUUGCAAGCUUUAAUUAAAUCUGUUAAGAAUAAAACACAAAAUAUUGCACAGCCAAUAAAAAGAUAAAAUAAUUAUCCUACUUGUAUAAUAUUAAUUGUAAUAGUAAAAAGAUUAUAUUUUAUAUUAAA